UUUUUUUUUUUUAAACAGCAGUGUUGAACAGCUGGCAGAGCUGCAUGCUGUCUCACUAUCUGACUUUAUUCACAUUACAGGCUGUUAACUGGUACAAGCCGACCAUUUAGAUUAGCAUGUGAAGAAAGGAGGCUUAGUGAAAGGAAACGCGUCUAUGAACCACAGCCACCAUGAAAACGCAGGGAAGUUAGGACUAGCUCAUGCUCAGAGUUUAGUGAUCAGAGCAGGAUACUAGGUAAAGUGAUGCAAACACGUGAGAAAAUUGAUUUUUUUUUUUUAUUAUUAUUAUUUGUUGGGUAAAGGGUUGACUAUAAUGGAAAAUGUAUCAAGUUUUAUAAAAAAAAAAAAUUGCACAAAAGUCGGGAGUAGUGAAAAUCACAUUCUACCGUAAUGCACAGCACGUUAUAAACACGCACCACAGGUACUAAACUAUUUAGUACGGUAGUGUGUGUUUUUUGGUGAUUUGGACGGAGCCCAAGUCACGUGUGCCAGGGCUGGAGCCAAUCAGAAGGCAGCCAGAGAGAAAGGGAGAGUGAGAGAGUGGGAGAGAGAGAGAGAGAAGGAGGAGGUCACAAGAAAGAGAGAGAGAGAGAGAGAGAGAGAGAGAGACAUGAGCAAACAUCAAAAGAGGCGAAGCACGCUGUACCAUGCGAGCUCGCGCUCGAAAAUCGCAAUGUCGGAUCCACGGUGACGCGCAUCAUCUUCAUCAUCAUCAUCAUCUUCAUCACCACCACCACCGCCGCCAUCAUCAUCAUCACCACCAACAACAACAACAUUAUCACCAUCGAUCGCCCCGUUUUGGGAAGGAAACGUGUUUUUUUUUCAUCGGAGGAACUUCGCAGGAACACGGAGGGUCCGCGCGCGGGGAAACAUGGCCGAAGGAGGGCCGGGCGGAGACACCGCCAGGUGCCCGGGGCAGGAGGAGCGGAGCCCGGGGCAGGUCCUGGCUGGAUCCGGCUACUGCAAAUGGUUCAAUGUGCGCAUGGGAUUUGGAUUUAUAUCGAUGACCCACAGCGAGGGGCGUCCAGUGGACCCUCCAUUAGACGUCUUUGUCCACCAGAGUAAACUGGUGAUGGAGGGAUUUCGGAGCCUGAGGGAAGGCGAGCAGGUGGAGUUCACCUUUAAAAGGUCCAGUAAAGGGCUGGAGUCGCUCAGGGUAACGGGGCCCGGGGGCGGACCCUGCUCCGGCAGUGAGCGACGCCCCAAAGGCAAGGCCCCGCCCCCGAAACGCAAACCAAAGGGAGACCGGUGUUAUAACUGUGGAGGUCUGGACCACCAUGCUAAAGAGUGCAGUCUGCCACCUCAGCCAAAGAAAUGCCACUACUGUCAGAGCGUGACCCACAUGGUGGCCCAGUGUCCCCACAGGGGGGCGCCGUCCCCCUGCAGCUCUCAGGACCCCCGGCAGCCCCGAGACGACGCCCACUCUUCAUCUCCGGAGGACACGCCUCCCACCUCUCAGCGCUGGAGGACGCCUUGAGACUGACCGCAGACUCGCCUCUGAACUCUGACCUUUGACCUCAUUCUGAGAGAGCCUGGAUCCAGCAUUGUCUACCUCACACACUCGAGGAACAAGGGAGGUCCUCGCUUCCUGCGCAGCUAUGGCUAUGGCAACGGCCAUGUUUGUGUGUGUGUGUGUGUGUGUGUGUAUGUUAGGACCCUGACUGAUUUGCCCUCUAUGCAACUAUGGCACAGGUUAUCAGGGGGUAACUGAGUGUGUGUGUGUGUGUGUGGAAAGGUAGUGGGAGAUGUGCUGUGAGACACUGAAGUGAAUGUGAAUCCAACUUCAUACUCAUCAUCACGUAAACCUCAUGACGUCUUCAAGCUGCUAAUUUCGAUCAAACUGCUAUUAUGAAGAGUUACGAAGUUACAAUCAACGUUUUUUUUUUCUUAACAUCGACAUUCCUUCAAGUCAAAACAAAUCAUUCCACUGUAACGAGCCGGGCUGCUCAAGAGCGUUGACCAAAAGCAUCGGCUACACGCUAACGCUAAUGCUGCAGCUACAGAUCACUGAGUCAUAACAAACUAGGGCCGAGUUCACACUAACACACGAAUCGUUUUGAAAAACACACUCGCGUUUUCAGUAUGUUUUCUGAACGUUUCCUGUCUGUAGUGAAACAUGGAAAACAAAACAGCACAAAAAGAAUGUCGGGCUUUACGUCAUUUCGGCCUUUUUGAUGGUUUUGACAACAUGAACGUAAUCACGCUUUCUUGCACGCCACGUCUUUGUUUGUACGUGAUACAAAGCGUUCAGAUUCCACCAUCUUGGAAAUGUGGUGAUCAUGUGACAAUCACACGUCAACAUUUACGAAAAAGCUGUUUCCCUUCAUUUACGCUGCAAUGUGAAAACGGUCCAAUUUAUCCACUUAGCACCAAAAAAAAAAAAAAAAAAAAUUUUGGAAAAAAAGAUUUGAAAAAACGAUUUUAAAAACAACGAUUUUGAAAAAAAGAAUACGUUUUCAAAUUUACCCGUUUUCGUGUGGACUAAACCUCAGGCUACGUUCACACUGCAGAUAAACAUUGGAACAAAUAAGUUUUUUUUAGUUUUUUAGUUUUUUACAGACGUGCAAGGUUUUUCCUCUCAUGGCAGUGUGAAGACCAAAUAUCACACACCACACUGUACGACAAAUUCUAAACGAACACGAGAUGCGCUAAAGAAACCUGCACACAGAGCGGUAAAAUAUUUUAAUAGUGUUUUUUUUCAGAUGUGUCAAAAACUGACCAAUUACAAACCAGCACCUAAUCGCAUUAUUUUUGGAUAAUGAUGCAGUUUAAGGUUUGUUUUGUUCGUGUUGAUGGUGUUGAAUUCACAACAAUAUCUUUUUCUGUACUCCAAAACCUGGUGGGUCCAAUAAUGACGUUUUCUUUUCCUCCGACUUUCUAACAUUAAAACAGCUGACAAAUCGUCGUCUCAUUUCAGGAAAUGUUUUCAGGGAUCUGUGAUAAUAAAAUGCGAUUUUUUAUUUUGUAUAAAUUGCGUUCACGUCUAUGGACGUGAAGGCUCCGGUCUCAUAUGCAGAUAUUUCUAUCUAUCCGUUAACAAAAACAAUUUCUGGUUAGCGACUCGUAGCCUUUUCCUUGUUUACUUGAUGUGUGGGCCGAUUUACAAAGGAAAUACUACAUAUUUACGUCUAUUUCCCAAACUGUUUGCUGACAUAAUCGGGAAUGCUUUCACAUGUAACUUAUUUAGCAAAUAUAAUCAGAAUCUUUAGAGUCCAGACAUCGUAAAAUAAAGGCUGUUGCACAUAUAUUGAAGAUUGACGUGAAGAAAUAUCGGAAUAUUGGACCUUUUUGAAUAAAUAUCGGAAAAAUCGGCUUUGCGCUUUAAGGCUUGCAGUGUGAACAUAGCCAAAGUGUGUUUGUGUGUAUGUGAGUGCUAAUCAUGUGUGGAGCAGGUUGUUGUGGGUGUUUCUCCUUAAGAUUAGCUCAGAAUUAGUGUUAUAUUCCAAACUCAUGGCUUCUGAGAUUAAGACGAGCAAGACGAAGACAUUUACGUCUAUGUAAAGGCAUUAUAUCUAUAGUGUAGAGUUGUUUCUCGCAUAGUGACCGACAGUACCGCCGCUUAAACGUUAAUAUAUAUGUGCUUAAAAGAUUAUAUGAAAGUAUCAAGAUUUAUGUAUAUAAAAGCUAGAUUGAUAAAGUUGUUUUUUUGUCUAGCCGUGGCAUUGUGUCAGAUCCACAUAUCAUGCACCGCAUUUAAUCUCAGCCUGGACACAAUCACAGACACAACUGAAUUUAAUUCAUGGGCAGAGACUGGCAUUGUUAUUAGUUAACAGCCAAGAGGACAAACAUACCAAACAUUACUUCACGCUAGCAUAGCUAAUUGAUAGCUAGCUAAUGUCUUCUAAUUAUCCACAGCUCUUUGAACCUCUGUCCACACGUAUACGGAUAUUGGUGAAAAUGUCGGUUUUACCCCUUUGUUUUUGAAAAAAAAAAUUUUCACCAACGCAAAAAAAGUUGUGAAGACAUUGAUAUGAGCACGCCGGCCCAACAGGUGGCGAAAGCACGUCAUAAACUGUUCCGUCAAACACCUCAAGAAUAACAUUAACAGUAUGCGUAUUGAGCAGCAAAGAAAGCGAACUGCGGAAAUGCAAUCUUCAAGCACAACAGUCGCUGAUACUUCACACGAAUCUUCGCAAAUCUGCGCUCGCAGUGUGGUUUAUAGCGCUGGACAGAGCGGUACAACGGCGAUCAUGCUAAGGUCUGAUAAUAAAACAAAGAGAAAUUAAAUAGUACGUUAUCAGAUAAGAAAUUACGGAGCACAAUGUAACAACCUAGCACAUUCGUAACACACUUUUCACACAAAAACAUACGUUUUUCUCAUCCACGUGAAAACGGAAAAUGUUGAAACCUCCACCUUUUUCAAAAAUGUCCUUUUCAGUGACCCAAAGUGUCAUUUUCUUGUGGAUGGGAAGCCAAAAACACGUAGAUAAACUACAUUUUCAAAUAUAUCCGUAUACUUGUGGAAACUGGGACUGGUUUGUUUAGCCAAGGACGUGAAAAUGAUCAUUUAUGUGGUAUGUUUGUUGAAAUAAUGACUCCUAAAGAUCACGCAUAAUGCUAGUGCAGAUCGAUCUCUGAUAACAGUGUCACUUCUGAGCGCUUGAUCAAACCUCAGAUUAUCGCUGAUUGCACCUUUAAGUGUGUUUUGAAUAAUUCACUCAGUGAACUCUCUGCCUUUGGGAUCUCAAACAUGAAGUAGCUUUUUAGAACUGGACUGUUAUGAAGCGUGUGAAGGGGCAUCAUUGCACACCGCUUACCGUGUCUUUAAUAUUCAUUUAGUAUUAAUUCUUAUUAAUAGAGAGGGACUCUGACUCAUCGCUAACUCCAUCCUGUCACUCUUAACACAGAGCUCAUAGUCAGGAGAGGAGUAUUUGCUGGUGUGUGUGUGUGUGUGUGUGUGUGUUUUCACCUAGAGAGAGAAAGACAGUGCUGCUUUUCAUAUUCACUUGAACUGGCGCAAAAAACGUCUGCGACUGCGACGACUCUCCUCUGACCACGCUGAAUGUGAAAACUUGUCAAACUCGCAGCUGGUUACAUAAACCUUUUUUUUAAUCGUGUGUCGACAAAUCAAACAGUUACACACUGUAUACCGUAUUUUCCGGAAUAUAAGAUGCAUUUUUGUUCCUCUAGCAGGUGACUCGUUACGCUAAUUUGCUUAUUUUUCUUUUUUUUGCAUUUUGGGAAAGUACGUUGAUGUUAGCUUUGUGCUAACAUAACAAUAUUAAUUUAAUGAUGUUUACAAAGCUCACUAAUGAAAUUCCUUUCUGAAAUUUAAGGAAUCCAGUGAAUAGCAGCGUGAACACACUAGAAGGAAUAUAACGGAAGCAUUGUUUCAUCGUUUCUUCUUUGUGUUUCAGUGCUGUAAAACUAAAAAUGAUAUCCCGUUUCAAUUUUACCUCAGUUACCAUGGAUGAGGAAAACUCGCAAGACUACUAGCCAGCUGGAACCUGGAAGUAAAUUUAUUUAGCUAGCUAGCUUAAGUGCCUAGCUUAAACUAAUUCAAAUAAUUUUUUUUUUUAUAUGGCAUAUUUUCCACAACCUCCCAUGACAUGCCAUGACAUUUAAGCUAGCUACCUUAGCUAGGCCUUUUGAUUAACAUUUCAGACUUGCAAGACUAGUAGCUAGCUAGAUCCUUAGUAGCAAGGGAGUUUGCUAUCUAGCUUAAAUGUCUCACUCACCUGUUUGUUGAGCAUAUGCCACACUAUACCACCAGGUUAUCUCGCGAAAGCUCGCAAGACUAGUAGUUAGUUGGAGCCUAGAAGUAAGCUUAGUUAGCUAGCUACCUUAGACGUUUCAGCUGUUUGUGUCCAAUUGAUGUGGCAUAUUUCCCAAAAGUCACCACGAUAUGCCAUGACAGUUAAUCUAACUAGUUAACUAACUUUAGUUCUAUGCUCUAGCUAGAGUUGCUACUAGUGUUGCAAGAUUUCGCUAGAUAGUCUGGUCACAACUUUUAGAGGGAGAAGCCAUUUGAUUGACAUAUCAGACUCGCAAGACUAGAAGCUAGCUAGAGCCUAGCAGUAACGUUAGUUAACUGUAGUUAACAUAUUUUCAACAAGUCACCACGAUAUGCCAUGACUUUUAAGCUAGCUAGCUAACAAACUUUAGUUCUAAGCUCUAGCUAGCUACUAGUGUUGCAAGAUUUCUCUAGAUAGUCUGGUCACAACUUUUAAAGGAAGAGGCCAUUUGAUUGACUUUUCAGACUGGCAAGACUAGAAACUAACUAGAGCCUAGCAGUAACAUUAGUUAGCUAACUAUUUUAAAUGUCCCAACUGUUUGUACACAAAUAAUAUGGCAUAUUUUCAACAAGUCACCACGAUGUGCCAUGACAUUUAAGCUAGCUAGCUAACUAAUCUAGCUAUCUCUAGGCACUAGCUAGCUACUAAUCUUGUAAGCUUUCACUCGAUACACGGGAAUAGUUCAGACUUGCAAAACUAAUAGCUAGCUAGAACCUUAGCAGCAAAUUAGUUGGCUAGCUAGCUUGCAAUUCUCCAAAAUACGGCAAAAAUAAUUUUUCUCCAGAUUUUUGUUGGUCGUAAACACGAGUGCGACUUCUGGAAAAUACGGUAUAUGUACUGGGUUUUUAAACUCUAAAUCAACUCUAUUUUGGUAUAGAUGUGUAUACCAAAGAUAACGACUGCGACUGUGCUGAAGUCAUUCAAAGUGUGGAAGUUCUACGUUAAUCUUACGAAACUGAAAUGAACUGAAGGUCCGACACUGAUGUGGCACGCAGUGUAUCGACUGCACGAUUAUUGUUAUGUUUUCUCUGUGUGCAUGCGUGCGUUCUAUUUAAUCGAUCAAAAAAAAAAAAAAAAACACAAACAACUGCAAUCUGAGAGAGAGCACAGUUUUAUUAUACUGCGUAUUUUUUUACCCACAAUUCCUCUCAGGAUGAACUUCUCUCAGGGAAUGAAUGGAGUAACUGAACUGAUCGUAUUCUCUUGGGAAGACUUCGCCGUUUUCUUCAACGCAAAACCUCAUCACUGUUGAUUUUCCACACAUGCAGUACAACACGUGUACUGAUCUAUUAACAACUACCUCUUUGAGUUAAACAUAGUCAUGCGUUUGUAAUCUGUUUUUUUUUUUUUUUUUUUUUUUUUUUAAGUUGUGUGUUGUUUCAUGGGGUUUUUGCUUUUUGUUUUCUGUGUCAUAUAUGAAUGUUUUAUUUCUACGGUAAUAAGUUUGUUUACAGCAAAAGCCUACCUCAUUUUCUCUGUUCAUCUCGGCCCGUAUGAGGUCAGCGUGUGAGGUUCUGUCCUGAUGUUUUGAGCCGGUGGAUGUGGGGAGAAAAUCAGACAGAGCGCCAUACUAAUUUCUGAUAAUAUCAGGCUUUAGCCAUUUUGCAGUAUAAUGUGUCUUUAUACAGAGAAUAGUGAUCUGUGUGUGUGUGUAAAGCUGGACAUACGUUACACGGAUGCUAAAAAUAAUUUUUAAAAAUUGUAAAAGAGAUUUUUGAGAAAAGAAUAUUCCAAAUCUGUAUGAAAUCAGAUCAAAAAUGGAGCUUGGUGUAUUGCUGAUGUGAUAUUUUAACGUCGCCAGUUUAACACCAGUCGCACUACAGGACUACACACUCGUAUGUUUCCAAUCAUUCAACAACAUCGUUACCAACAGUAACGCUUCUCAUGCAAUAAAAAUAGUUCAUGCUGUCAGAAAUUAAAGAAUUAAAAGCUUUAAAAAUGCAAUAAUACUUGUGCCAUGAGGAUUUGUGUUUGAAAUUGCAUAAAUGUGAUUAAAAAAAGAUUAAUUGUGAAAAUUGCUACCAUUUAAAAAACAAAAAAAAAAGUAACAUUUUUGGCAUCAUGGCACAGUUCAAAUUUAGCAAAAGUCAGAAAAAUAAACAACCCAAGCUUUAUUCAUUGUGAUUUCAGCUAAUUGAUGCCCCAUUAAACUGAAACUCAAUGAUAUACAAUUUCAAAAUAAAGCACAAAUUUUAUAGCAUGUAAUAUACUAUGCUAUAACUAAUCUUUCAUAAAUCUUUCAUAAACAGACGUUCUGUUGAUAAAAUAUAAUGUUUAGCUUGGCUGGAAAAGAAGAACUGGUGACUCUAUGGGAAGAAUUUAGCGAAUUGUAGCAGAAGGAACCAAAAUAAGAAAUUCGGUUUGUAAACGUUUAGUUUAACGCGGUUAGCUAAAGCUAGGAAAUUGCUACAAACUCCACAAAAGUAGAUUAACUACAUCCAUGUCUGAUAUCGCCUCUUCUGCUAAUGACAAAUAAUAGCUAACCAAAAAAACUGCCUAGUGAUAUAUUUUGAGGAAAAUAUAGAUUGUGUAUGUUGGGAGAAUGAGAUACAGUGUUAAUCAGUGCUAUUUGUUUUGAUUAAAUAGUUAGUCUAAUUACAAGCCGUUUGAAAAGCCAUGAAACUAGCAAGCUAAUAUCUUGGCUAGCGACACAACUGCUUCACUGUUUACACAGAUAUCUAGACUAAAUGCUCAGACACUAUGAACAUUUGACAGUUUUACAAGUGAAAACUUUGCUUUAACUUCUGACAGCAUCAAAUAAUUUUUAUAUCAAGGAUUUAGCUAAUUUGCUCAAAAGCUAUAAAAUCAGGCUAACAGCCCUGUAGUGUUUGUCCAGCUUCACUGUUUAGCUGAAGUGUAUUAACACUGAUGGGCCGUCAUGUGAUUUACUCCACAUGAGUUAGAAUUAUAAUAAAAAUUUCUCUGAUUUAAACUAUUUUCUUCAAGUAUGAAAGUAUUAAUUGACACUGAAGGUAGAGAAACUAACUCAGUCUUAUAGGAAGUGCCAGUAAGUACAGAAUUGUUUUUAUGUUUGUCACUGGAGUGCCUGUUCUCAUUGCCAUGAAUGGAGUUGUAUCGUUUUAAAGCUGCCUUUAAAAAAAAAGUUUCAAAAUCCUGGGAAUUCUGGGAAACGGCCUUUAGUUGGUGUCCCUCGUUUGUUGUAAACUGUUUUGUCGCAUUAAUACCUAAAAAUAACUGGGUAGGCAUGUGCUGACACAAAAUGUUUAAGAUAAAUCAUGCUAAUUGCGUAAUAUUUUAUCAUGAUUUACAAUAUUAUUAUUAUAUUAUUUAUACAUUUAUCUGAUUUUUUUUUUUUUAGGUUUUGUCAGGUUUUGGCUAUUUAGAUAGACAAACCAAGCGACUGACUCCCUAAUGAAAUGUAGGGAAAUGUAGGGGACGAUAUUUUAAAGGAUCCAUGAUAUUAACAGUAUUUUAAUAUAACGGUGUAUUGUUUAAGCGAUUAUCGGCACAUGUCUAUAAACAUGUAGUAUUGUACUAGAAGUCCAUCUACAUUCGUGUAAAAUUCUUUUCCGUGUUUUUUUUGAGAGGAAGAGCUGAAAUACGCCGGUGUUACAGUCAGAAAAAUGACUACUGAUGUGUUUAAAGCUGGUUUCAUCAGUUUAUUGUUGGAUAGAAGAGCAUUAAUGCAAUAAAUUAUUUGGAUUUUCAGACCUCCUUGUCAACCUCCCAAAAAAUUGUUAACAACUAAGGUUUGCAAUACAACUUAAAAAUGUUAAUUUUUUAAAUUUUUUUUGACAAUAAAUUCUAGGCAUGUUUUAGAGUAAUUGUCAAGCCAAGUAGUUUUGUUUCUGGGUUUUCUUUAAAAAUAAAUUCAUGGAAUCUAAACAUAUUCUCCAUGUAACGCUGAAAAUCGAAAAUUUCCGCAAACCCAGCAUCAACGAUCACGAUGUUGUGAGUGAAAGUUAUUUAAUUGCAGUUUUAUUACAGGAACAAUUUGAUAAAAAAAUAUCAUCAUAUACAGUGUUCCCCUUAACACCAAAUAUAGUCAAUCAGCCAAGACAUGUUUGUUGUCUGAAUUUUGUUUAACGAGUAAGUGUAGCUUGUAACUACCAAUUUAUCAUUGUACAAACUGCAUGUCUAAAUCAACACACAGGCAUCAAAAUGUAUUAAAUGUGCACUUUGUGCACAAAGCUAAACUGGUAGCUGGUAAGCUAUAAGCUUCCUUUACCUGUUAUUGUCAUCAGUGGUGUGUUAGCUGAUCAACAUUUGGGGUAAGAGAACAUUUCCUGUUUGGCAAAAACCCUUCCUUUAAACCUAUUCUAACACUUGAACAUUAACCACAGUGUUUUUUUUUUAAGAAAUAUAAAGUUAUAUUUCUGCAUUAAAAACCCCAAUAACCAUGUCAGCUGCUGUGAUAAAAGCCUUGAGGGAUUUUAGAAGUAAAAGCUGAUUCUUGUCUGCCUUCUGCUUUACAAAAAUCAAUAUGAAACUUGGGCUAAUGAGGGAGUGGGUUUUUUUUUUUUUUGGUAUUGAUGGAUCUGAAAAAGCUAGCAAUGAUGAAAUAAUUUGGACCUAGAUGAAAAUGUAUUUUAGGCAGUACACCAUAUUAACCCUAAUUAACUCAGUGUUAGCUGAACUCUUAUGCCUUCUCAGUGCUCAGAUUGUAACAUUCACUGUAGGCUUUAACUUUUGUUCCUGUUCAAUUGAAGCACUGAUUUGUCUUUUUUUCCUUUUUUUUUUUUGCUAUUAUUUUAAAUGCAUAAACUCAUUGUAUCCUCAAUAUUUGGCCUGUGAAUCUUUGGAUUUUUGACUAUGUUUAAUUGUAUUACUUUUGAAAUUAAUUGAUUGAAAUUAAACCUGCUAUUAUCAACAUGUA